AACUGAUUAACACAGGAACAGUUUUCUUGGAGUGCAACAAAAAUGACAACGUCGAAGUCGCGGCCAUUGAAGAUACACUUGCUGCCAUACUACGCGCAGGGUCACCAAAUCCCCGCCGUCCACCUAGCACGCUUACUGGCCUCACGUGGACAGCACGUGACCAUCAUCACCACUCCUUCCAACGCCCGUCUAAUUGAGAAGGCCAUCAUCGGAGGCGGCGGCGAUCAUGACAACGCCUCCGACCGCAUCUGCAUCCACACCAUCAACUUACCCGCCGAACAAGUCGGUCUUCCCCCCGGCGUCGAGAACUUCUCCGACGUCACCGACAAUUCCGCCGCCAAGAAGCUCUACAUUGCAUCGCACCUCAUCCAGUCGCAAGUGGAGUCCUUCAUUGAGGAGUCCCUGCCGGACGCUCUCAUCGCCGACAUCAUGUUCACGUGGAGCCAAGCCACCGCGAGACGCUUCAAGAUCCCGAGGCUCACCUUCAACUCUAUGUUGAUCUUUAACAUGUGCGUGGUAGAAGCCAUUAGAGCUCAUCCCGAGAUCUUGAAAUCCAACACGGGCCCGUACACUAUCCCGGGCCUACCUCACAAGAUCACCUUCCCCGUGAAGCCCAUGGCGACUUUCAACAAAGUCAUGGAGCCCACCAUUGACGCAGAGAAGGAGAGCCUCGGAGUCAUCGUGAGCAGCUUCAAGGAGCUUAACGCAGAGUACGCCGAGCACUACGAGAAGAUCACGGGUCGGAGAGUAUGGCAUAUCGGUCCCACGGAUCUCAUGGUGCAUAAAACCGUUCCAAGAGCCGUUGAUAGUGAAGACGAGUGCCUGAAAUGGCUUUCAACCAAGAAAAACAGUUCCGUGGUUUACGUUGCUUUUGGCUCAUUGACCCGUUUAACUGGUAAGCAGCUUUACGAGUUAGCGUUGGGCCUGGAGCGCUCAGGGCACCCAUUUAUUUGGGUGGUUUCGCGGAACAAGAACAACGGAGUUGAAGAAACAGAAGGGAAAGGGUUGCCAGUCGGGUUUGAAGAGACGAUGAAGAAGGAGGGGAGAGGGAUGGUGAUAAAAGAGUGGGUGCCGCAGCCGUUGAUCCUGAAUCAUGCGGCUAUUGGAGCGUUCUUGACGCACUGUGGAAGCAACUCUGUGAAUGAAUCGGUAGCUGCUGGGGUUCCCAUGAUAACAAUACCGGCGUUUGGGGAUCAAUACUUCACUGAGAAGAUGAUAAGUGAGAUGCACGGUAUUGGGGUGGAGGUGGGUGCAGUGGAGUGGAUCAUAUCGCAGUACGACACCCCGAAGGAAGUGGUGAGCGCGGAGAUGAUAGAGAAGGCGGUGAAGAGGUUGAUGGACGGAGGCGAUGAAGCGGAGAAGAUCAGGAAAAGAGCCAAGGAGUUGCAAGAGAAGGCUUUGAAAGCGGUUGAGGAAGGUGGGUCCUCAUACGACACUUUGACGGAACUUAUUGAUCACCUUCAGAAGCUUGUGGCGCUCAAAGCACCUGCAACUUCUACCUAGCUGGCUAGCUUUCGCUAAGUCUGUUAUCCGGUGAUGAGCAGCCAUUUUUUUACACCGUUGCAAUAAAGUCCCUUGUGACCUUUUUUAAUCGAAACAAUUCCGCUAUUUUAUCAAUA